AGAGAGGAGGAGGAGGAGGAGUGUGAGAGGAAGAAAGCGGAGCAGCGGUGAGGACAUCCCGGCGCUGAUAGGAGCUUUUCCACCAGACAGCCUGCACCUUUGGUUCUGACGGAAGCAGGUUGGUUCUGGUUCUGGAUCCAGACCGGCCGGGCAGGAGGAGGAGGAGGAAGAACACUAGAGAGAGGCAGCAGAGUCGCCAGCUGAGGAUGCUGCUUGUUGUUUCCAGGAACAGGAUCCACAAUCGGCCCGAGUUCUGAUCUUGAAGCCGUCCCGAACCGGAUCUGGUGUGGUUCGGCCUACCCGGAGGCUGUUUGCCCCCCCAACCCCUUCCGCUCCUCUUUUUCCUGAUGCAGGACCGGGGAGGGGGCGAACCAAAGUGUGACCGGAUAUUGGAAAACCCAUCUGGAGCUGCUGGGAUAGCAGCGGGAUCUGAUCCGAACCGAACUGGGACUCGGGACAUGCUGGAGCUCUGGGGGAAGUAAGGAGGUGUGGGGGGCUCCAGGUGCUGAUCUGAGACCGGAUCCAACCGGGAUGUUCUGACUCGGGUCAUCUGAAACUCUGUUCCAUCAGACUUCCGGUCCAACCCUGCAGGAGAUCGUGCUCCACUUUUAGGAUCAGUCCGGUUUCCGUUCUGAGUUAUCUGUUUGAUGUGAGUCGACUCGCCGGUCCUCCUCCCCCCACCCCACCCCCCUCCAGGCCCAUUCAGGGACCGGCUGGUGGAGGGGAGUAGCCUGCAGGGCCCGGUUUUGGAUCACGACCACCUCCUCCUAUCCAGGAGCGUGUGACGCCGUCAUGCACGGAGCAGCACCGAGCACGUUUUUCAUCCUCCUCGUUUAACGAAGAAACCCCCCCCCCCCCCCCCCAAGCUCCACCCCGCACGCGCGCACGGAAAGAUGAGCAGCAAGGAGCUCACAGGGGGCCAGUCCACUCAGUACGUGGGUCCAUACCGGCUGGAGAAGACCCUCGGGAAAGGACAGACAGGGCUGGUGAAGCUGGGCGUCCACUGCAUAACGGGGCAGAAGGUGGCCAUAAAGAUUGUGAACAGAGAGAAGCUGUCUGAAUCGGUUCUGAUGAAGGUGGAGAGGGAAAUAGCUAUUCUUAAACUAAUAGAGCACCCCCAUGUUCUGAAGCUCUAUGACGUCUAUGAAAAUAACAAAUACCUGUAUCUGGUGCUGGAGCACGUCUCUGGAGGAGAGCUGUUCGACUACCUGGUUAAGAAAGGUCGGCUGACCCCCAAAGAGGCCCGGAAGUUCUUCAGACAAAUCAUCUCUGCUCUGGACUUCUGCCACAGCCACUCCAUCUGCCACAGAGACCUGAAGCCGGAGAAUCUUCUCCUGGAUGAGAAGAGCAACAUCAGGAUAGCGGACUUUGGAAUGGCCUCGUUACAAGUGGGGGAGAAUCUGCUGGAGACCAGCUGUGGAUCCCCUCAUUAUGCCUGUCCAGAGGUCAUCAGGGGUGAGAAGUAUGACGGUCGCAGAGCUGACGUCUGGAGCUGUGGAGUUAUUCUGUUUGCUCUUCUCGUGGGUGCUUUACCGUUCGACCACGACAACCUGCGACAGCUUCUAGAGAAGGUGAAGAGCGGCGUUUUUCACAUGCCUCACUUCAUCCCUCCCGACUGCCAGGCUCUGCUGAAGGGGAUGAUCGAGGUCUCCGCCGAGAAGAGACUCACGCUGGAAGCGAUACAGAAGCACUCGUGGUACCUGGGGGGUCGUAACGAGCCCUGCCCGGAGCAGCCUCCCCCUCGUAAGGUGUGUGUGAAGAGGAUCCUGUCCCUGACGGACCUGGACCCAGAUGUCCUGGAAAGCAUGUACUCUUUAGGAUGCUUCAGAGAUCGGGUGAAACUCACUCAGGACCUUACGACUGAGGAGGAAAACCAGGAGAAGAUGAUCUACUACCUCCUGCUGGAUAGAAAGGAGCGAUACCCCAGCUGUGAAGACGAGGACUUGCCACCUAGGAAUGACCUGGACCCCCCCAGGAAGCGCGUGGACUCCCCCAUGUUGACUCGGCACAGCCGCUGUGGUCCAGUCAGGAAGAGCCUGGAGGUCCUUAGUGUCACCGAUCAGGGGUCUCCCACCCCACCGCGCAGGGCUCUGGAUACGAACGCACACAGCCAGAGGUCCCGCUCGGUCAGCGGAGCAUCUACCGGUCUGUCCUCCAGUCCUCUCAGCAGUCCCAAGAGUCCAGUCUUCACGUUCAGCCAGUCAGAGGUCCCACCCCCCAGAGACUCCAAAGCAGGAAGUGCCACCGCCCCUCGGCCCGCUCGUCCAGCGCCCGACCCAAAGACCCAGACCUUACCCUCCAAGGGCCCCACCGACCGGCCCCAGCUCCACUCCAUGAAGUCCCUCCCCCUCCAGACACCACGCUCGCCUUCCCCCUCCCCCGUGCUGUCCCCCACCCCACGCUUCUUCAACUUCCCCUCUCCAUCCGUCUUCAGGUCCAAAAAUGUCCACUCGUCCUCUAACUCGUCUGCCACCCCCCCUCCUGUGUCGCAGGUCACGCCGCAGGGCUCACCGCUGCCCACCCCGCUCGGCACGCCCGUGCACCAAAUACAACACCCUUCCUCCACCACCCCUCCCUCCUCCUCUUCCUCAUCUUCUUCUUCCAGAGUGGAUGGAGCGGGCGGAGCCUCGGUGCCGCUCACCCCGCCCUCCAGCCCAGGUGGAAGUGGAGGGUUGUCCAACUCGAGCUCCACCCACUGGAGAACGAGGCUCAACUCGUUCAAAAACAACCUGCUGGGCUCGCCGCGCUUUCACCGGCGUAAACUGCAAGUCCCUACAUCAGAGGACAUGUCCAGUCUGACUCCGGAGUCCAGUCCAGAGCUGGCCAAGAGGUCUUGGUUUGGUAACUUCAUCAGUCUGGAGAAAGAGGAGCAGAUUUUUGUGCUAAUCAGAGACAAACCCCUCAGCUCCAUCAAGGCAGACAUCGUCCACGCCUUUCUCUCCAUUCCUUCCCUCAGCCACAGUGUGGUGUCUCAGAACAGCUUCCGGGCAGAAUACAAGUCCUCGGGCGGUCCCUCUGUCUUCCAGAAGCCUGUCAAGUUCCAAGUAGACAUCGCCUACUCUGAGGGAGACAGAGAGCGAGAGAGGGAACGAGCAGAAAGAGAAGGACGACGAGAGAUGGGCAUCUACAGCGUCACCUUCUCUUUACUGACAGGUCCUAGUCGCAGAUUCAAGAGAGUUGUAGAAACCAUUCAAGCUCAACUUCUCAGCACCCACGAUCAGCCUUCAGUGCAGGCACUGGCAGACGAGAAGAACGGCCACCUUUCCCGUCAGCCUGGUGGUCCGUCUCGUCAGAACUCGCGGCAUUCUGAGGCUGGAUCAGAUGGAGUGGAAAAGGACCGCGUGGUUGAUGGGGUGAGCUCCAGCUGCAGCGGCGGUUCUGCCUCACAACGGCGAGAGCCAGAGAAAGGAAACGCCAGACUCCCGUCGUCGUCCAAUGGAACGCAGUCUCAUGAAUGAUCCAACAAGCUUCUCUCUCCUUAACCACUUGGUCACAUUGUUUCCUUACUUCCUCUUACACUUCCCACCUUUUUCCCAAGCAAUGGGAAAGCGGGGAGGGGUCUGCUUUCGAGCUAAUCUAUGGAUCUGACUCCAAAGCACGUCUGAUGUGAAGUCAGGCUUUAAAGGCGCCUCAGCCUCCCUUAGAGUGGUGUCAGAAAUACUCCACCUCACCACAGAAGGACCAGAAACCAUGACCUCUAGUUGUCUCGCCACUGCAGCCAACCAGGAAAGCACACGACAUUUCCACCGCCCAAUCACGCGCAACAUUUGCUGCAAACGUCGAAGGAAACCUUCAAAUCAGUCAGCAUGGCUCAGGAUGACGUCAGCCACUUCCUGAAUGCAUCAAAGCAUUUCGAUUCGUCAUUUCCUGGUCGUCCACCGAGUCGCUGACAGGCUGCUCCUUUCCUCUCCUCACUCUCCGCUUAUGGACAACGGUGUUUUCUCACGCAGAGGAACUACGCCAGGUCAAAAGGCCAAGAGUUGCACGAGUUUUGAUUGUUUAAAGUUGAUUGUGUCCAUUAGUAAUUAGCUGAGCUAAUGAGUGAGUGAUGAGCUCACCCGGUCACCGAGGAAGCAACAAUCUGAGGACGGCUGCAGAGCAGAAGAACAAAGACAUAACAGCUCUGAGUAUUUCAAAGUAAGACAACUUUUGUUGAAGUGAAUGAAGCCCCACAUUUAUUUUCGAGUUCCAACAAUAAAGCUACGAUACCACGUUGCCUUUUUCGGAGGAGGAACAGUGGGUAACUGCUUGGAUUCAUCCCCAUUUUGAAGAAAAAGGUCCCACUACAGGACGAAACGCUUGCUGGACGAGAGGGAACAUCUAUAAAAGAUGGAUGGUCCGCGCUGUACCAGAGAAAUAAAGGAUAAGAACAAGU